UGCAUUGAUCAAAUUAAGUGAAAUAGAAGCUUACGAUUAAAUGAAACUGUCCCGAAUAACUGUACUUAAAAAAUGAACUGACCAUCACUUUCAUAAUAUCCGAAUGACGAUUUUCACACAUCGCAAGUGUUCAACCGACUUGAGCUGCAAUAGUACAUAGUCACAUGGACUAACAGCGCGUAUGUAUGUGGAGUUAACGUGUUCAAGAUCACGGACGAUUUGUUGUAUCGAUUUUAAGUCCAUAAACAUCGCGUCGAAGUUCUCAACGAUGAAAUUAAGUAUAAACUGGAAAAAAAGGCUUCCUUUUAUUGUAUGGAUGCGUCACUAUUCUUUGAGCAAAUUGCAGCGGGAUGUCAUCGCUGGCUUGACUGUCGGUGUAAUGGUUAUACCACAGGGACUUGCAUAUGCAAGUAUAGCCGAACUACCCCCUCAAUAUGGUCUAUACAAUGCAUUUAUGGGAGGUUUCAUUUAUUGCCUUCUUGGCUCCAGUAAAGAUAUAACCCAGGGUCCAACAGCCAUUAUGUCCUUGAUGGUUGCAACAUACUCUGCUGGAUCCCCACAAGUGGCGAUAGCACUUAGUUUCUACAUUGGCAUCAUAUGGCUGGUAAUGGGUUGUUGUUCCCUUGGUUUUAUUGUUCGCAUAAUGCCUUUGCCGGUAAUCAGUAGUUUUUCUUCGGUUGCAUGCAUAACCAUUGCAUGUGGUCAGUUGAAAUAUAUUCUUGGCUUGUCUGGUAUACCUAGAAAUCUUUUCCCCUGCUUGAUCAAAAUAUUUUCAAAAAUUCGCCAAAUAAACCUGUGGGAUCUUAUUCUGUCUACGGUUUGCAUAGUUUUGCUGGAAGUACUGCGUCAAAUUAAACCAGUCUUGGAUUCAUCACAUGAGGAACACAGUUCCCCUACAACAACAUUGCAAAAGGUUGCUCGUAAUUUUUUAUGGAUUGUAUGCACAGCAAGAAAUGCUCUGAUUGUACUUAUAAGCAGUUUGGUUGCCUUUGCUUUGUACAAAAAAGGUCUGACUCCAUUUACAUUGACUGGACCUGUCAAGGAAGGCUUACCAUCAUUCCAGUUUUCAAAACUAACCGUACGGGUAAACAACGAAACCUUGGGGCCGCUGAAUUUUAUCGCGAAUGUUGGUGUUGGUUUCGUGGUAAUGCCGUUGAUCGGGUUGGUAGAAAACGUUGUCAGCGCCCAAACGUUUGCAAAGAUCUAUCGUUACGAAGUCGAUGCGACGCAAGAACUUUUAUCACUGGGCGUCGUGAAUAUCGCGAACUGCUUUGUCUCUGGCUAUCCAGUCACUGGCAGUUUUUCUCGCACUGCAGUGAAUGCAGCUAGCGGCGUCGCAACCCAGUUAGGAGGUAUCUUUACUGGAGCCAUAGUGCUACUUGCUUUGAGUUUAUUAACACCUUUCUUUAAGUAUGUCCCGAAAUCAUCCCUUGCAUCCAUCAUCAUCACGGCAUUAUUGAGAGUAGUUGAUUUUCGUAUUGUAAAGGACAUAUGGAGAACAAACCGAAUAGACUUGUUGCCAUAUUUUGCAUCAUUAUUCGGUUGCCUUUACCAAUUGGAUGUUGGGAUUCUCUGCGGCGUUGCCAUGGCAAUAAUUGUUUUCCUCUACCGCCGAAUGAAACCAGAAGUCGAAAUUCUAAAUGAAACUAACGAUCGUUGCUAUUUUAAGAUACACGGCCCUCUAACAUUUGCCGGUGUCGAGCAGUUUACGUUGAUUGUAGAAAAAAUGGCCAGGACAGUUGGCGGGCCUUUUGGGAUAGUAUCUGACUUUUCUAUGAUGUUUGAAUGCGACUUCACCGUGACUGAAGCAUUGCUCCAGUUAUACAAAGAGUGCAGCGAUCGUGACAUUACAAUGAUAUUUUACGGCGUUAAGAAAAAUGUAAAAGAAAUGCUUGUAAGAGCAGGAAUACCGAUGGAAUCGUUUUCAAAUUGUCACCAUCCGAACCAAAAUAACAAAGUGAUACCAUGGGAUAACAUUAACGAGGAAUGUAAUAAACUUUUGCCAUCGCCCAAGACGGUUUUUAUGUGAUCCCAAGUAUAAGGAACCCCACCUAUCCCUUGUUUGUCCCAAAAUGUAACGAUUUAAACCUGAUUAGCAAUAGUUUUCCGUAUUUUUGGACAAUUUGCGUUUGCAAUUAUAUAUAAUUAAAUAAUUAAUUGUUUUUCAACAACCCUUUCUUGGGCGUACAUAUCUGACCUUAUCGCCCUAUAUAAGCUUCCUCUGUACCAAAACGACCUUUUGUCUGAUAUUGAUGAGAGAGUAAGGUUAUUGAGAGUAAGCUUAAAGUUAUAGAAGAAAUUACAACCCACCCAAAAAACACAAACUACCCACCAUAUCACUAUUUCAAAGAAAAUUUUACAAAUUCAAAAGACCAGCGGCGGAUCUCAGGCAGCAAACAACUGGUGAGUCCUGAAACAAGAACAUAUGAAACAGGUUCCACAAAGCAGAACAAAGAAUUGGCAAAAUUUUGAAAUUUCUUCUCGUGCGUAACUCCACAAACGAAAAAGUUCUAGUGUGAUAAAAUGUUUUAUUGUGGUUUGUAGUAAUUACCUAUCUACCAAUGAAAACCAGAAUCGAAUGACGAACUGUUGCCAGCAUGCAUGUUUUGGUUGUGUUACGUAAAUUUCGGAGCAUUGUCAAAAUUAAUUUCAUUAGAAAUCUAUUGUUUUUAUAGUGAAUGAACAAAGAAAAAAUUGCAAAGCAGGUACAACUUUGCGAGCUGCCUACUCAGAUGGGCCUGUAAACUCAGUUUUAAAUAAUUUCGAUCUCUUUGCAUGGAUCUGGGACGUUUUUUGGUUACACUACUGGUACUAAGUAACAACACUAACGACAUUGUAAUCGCCGCAAUUUUAUCUAAACCACCCAAUAAGUGAAGAUCAUUUACGCAUGCUCCCUGCUGCAACCAAUCAAGUGACCAAAACAACCAUUUACAAACCCCGAAAUGGUCAAUCGAUGAUACAAAAAAUUUAAUCGUCACAGCACCUCAAAAUAUGGUCGAAUAACGUGGCGUUCCGUAGAGAUUUUUCCAAGAUGGAGGCUCAUGCCAUUCAACUAGAAAAACAUAACAGAUCAUUGAAUAAGAGUUAGAUGCUAGAGCUGCGAGAAUGGUUUUAACAAUGGUAAUGUAAUAUUAUUUAAAACAAUCAUGCUAAUCCUUGCUUAAAUUUCGCAUAAAUUUUACUGAAAUAUGUUGUAACAAUAAAACUAUUCAUUGCGACAAUAA